AAAACAUUGGUCAAAAACAGUGACGAGUUUGACUUAAAAAGGUGAGCUAGGGUUUUCAGAACAUACACUGAAGAAUUUGUAAGACUCCAUAAUGUCAAUCACACAUGUCCCCACUUCUAUCUCAUCUUCUUCCUCGGCCUUUUUAGCUUCUUCAAGUUUCAAUAAUAGGAACAGGGGUGCUUCAUUUUCGGUUCCUUUCAAGAAUUCUGGGAUAUGUAGGAGUGUUGCAAUUUCUCAAGAAAAAGAAAUCACUUACAAGACAAAUGUUUCUAGAAAUGCAAACAUGGCCAAGCUUCAAGCUGGUUACUUGUUUCCUGAGAUUGCACGCAGGAGAAAUGCUCAUUUGGCAAAAUAUCCUGAUUCGAAGGUGAUAAGUCUUGGAAUUGGUGACACCACUGAGCCCAUUCCAGAAGUCAUAACUUCUGCAAUGGCAAAGAGAUCACAAGCAUUGUCCACUCUUGAGGGCUACAGUGGUUAUGGAGCAGAACAAGGUGAAAAACCGUUGAGAGCUGGAAUUGCGUCAACAUAUUAUGGAGACCUUGGCAUUGAGGAAGAUGAUAUAUUUGUCUCUGAUGGUGCAAAAUGUGACAUAUCCCGCCUACAGGUUCUUUUUGGGUCUAAUGUAACUAUCGCAGUGCAAGAUCCAUCAUACCCGGCUUAUGUCGAUUCAAGUGUCAUUAUGGGUCAGACGGGACUGUAUCAGAAGGAGGCUGAGAGAUUUGGAAACAUUGAAUACAUGCGGUGUAAUCCGGAGAAUGGCUUCUUUCCUGAUUUGUCUAAGGUUUCUCGAACAGAUAUCAUUUUUUUCUGUUCACCAAACAAUCCUACUGGUUCUGCUGCAACUAGAGAGCAACUGACAAAACUAGUAAAGUUUGCAAAGGACAAUGGAUCCAUUAUAGUCUAUGAUUCAGCUUACGCCAUGUAUAUCACUGAUGAUAAGCCACGUUCCAUUUUUGAGAUUCCUGGAGCCAAAGAGGUUGCUCUAGAGACGGCAUCAUUUAGCAAGUAUGCCGGGUUUACUGGAGUUCGUCUAGGCUGGACUGUGGUCCCAAAACAGCUUCUCUUUUCAGAUGGCUUUCCUGUUGCCAAAGACUUCAACCGCAUUGUUUGUACCUGCUUUAAUGGUGCAUCAAAUGUCGUCCAAGCCGGUGGUCUGGCUUGCCUUUCACAAGAAGGACGGGAUGCAAUGCAAAAGGUGGUUGGAUUUUACAAGGAAAAUGCUGAUAUUAUCAUGGAUACAUUCGAUUCACUUAAUUUUAAUGUUUAUGGAGGCACCAAUGCACCAUAUGUGUGGGUACAUUUCCCUGGUCAAAGUUCAUGGGAUGUCUUUAGUGAGAUUCUUGAGAAGACUCAUGUGGUUACGACACCAGGUAGCGGGUUUGGACCCGGUGGCGAAGGUUUUAUUCGGGUUAGUGCCUUUGGUCACAGGGAAAGUGUUUUAGAAGCCUGCAGAAGGUUCAAGCAACUAUACAAGUGAACCAGUUCCAGCCUCCUAUUUUGCCUAAGGAUUCGGAUUAUUACUACGUUGGACCUCCUGUUCGACCUAAAGAUUCAACCGGAUUAUUACUUCCGUUUGGCGUAAAGAUUAAUAUAGCUGCCUCUAGUCUGUUUUGUUUCUUCAGUUUUAAGAAUCAUUUCUAACAAUUGUAAAAGUCCACCUUCAGAUUUUGAAGGUUGAGAAUUUUUACAUGGAUUGUCUCUAAAUGACAAUGAGAAUAUUUAUGGUUUCCAAUAAUUCGUUUGUGAGUGAAUUAUGCCAUUGUUGUUGAUGA